GUCUUUCCUUCCAAGUUUAAUUUGUGGGUAAAAAAACAGCAAGAGUGACAGAGGUGAAGACAGGUUGUGAUGGCUGGUGAAGGAGAAAAUAUUGAGCUUAAAUUUCGUAUAUAUGAUGGAACUGAUAUAGCACAGAAUUUCUAUUCAUCAUCAACAACCAUUGCUACCCUUAAGCAGAAGCUAAUUGCUGAGUGGCCUCAAGGUAAAACAAUUACACCAAAGGUAGUAAAUGACCUAAAACUCAUACAUGCCGGUAAGAUUUUGGAAAACAACAAAACUCUGGCUGAUUCCAGAAUAACAUUUAGUGACAUCCCUGGAGGUUUUGUUACCAUGCAUGUUGUAGUACAACCUCGAACCACCAAAAAGAAAACAGAAAAGAACCAAGAGGAGAAACAAAAGACAAAUUCAUGUUCAUGCAUCAUUGUUUAGUUUCCCAUGAUGAAGUUCCUUUUUACAAUUCUUGUGGUUAUCUUUAUUUACAACAUAUGUAUGGCUUUGUCAAAUCCUUCUGGUUUGCUUAUUUUCAUGGUGGAAUCAAAUAUUAACAUUGUAAAACUGUAACCUCGACAACUACAAUAAAAGUGUUGUUGUAUGAGUCCAAAUUAGG